CUCCAACCGAUGACAUCAUCUGCUCAUUCACCCGCGCCCAUAACCUCCCUUCUAUCCCCCAAAUCAGUCCUUCAAAAUCAUCCACGUUCCCUGAAUCAUACAGCCCAAAUCUAAACGCCCCAUCACAAUGUCCACCCCAAUCCCCACCCUCCACUCCAAAGCGGCCUACCUAAAAGCCGUCAACCACCCUGGCAUCACAAUCCUCGAAGGCACAGCAACCUGGUGCAAAAACUGCCACAUCAUCGCGCCCGAAGUGCAGAAAAUGGUCGCCGAGUACCCGGACGUGCAUUUCUACACGUAUGAUGUGGAAGAGUGCGACGAUAUCGCGCAGGAAUUGGGGGUGUCGCAGAUGCCGACAUUUAGCAUCUUUAAGGAUGGGGAUAUUCAGGAGGGGGUUACGGGGGCGAAGCCGAAGGAGAUCAGGAAGGCUAUUGAGGGGUGUUUGUGAGGUGGGAUGUGGGUUCUGAGGGUGGUGAAGGAUCGGAAGUAAUAGGGAGGCACUUGCGACGGGUGUGAAUGAUGACAUGAGAGUAGCUGACAAGGUCAUGAAUGUGCAUGCACAGCUUACAGACAUAGUACUAUAUAUUGCAAAUAGAUGAAUUACCUGUUAUGAUACAACU